UUUCUUUUGCCACCGCCGCCAUCUCCUCCUUCAUUUUCCCCUUUUCUUCUGGUUCUUCACUAUCUCCGCCUUUUCUUCUUCUCCGAGCUUCGUCCUGUCACUUGUUUCAGUGCGUGUCGAUACCGGCGAGUCCGAGCAACAAAGGGUUUGAUAACUGUAGAAGGCCGACAAUGGCGACUCAGCGAGAAGGGGAAGCGUCUCAGGAAACUACGACUAAUCCGCUAACUAGCAUAUCGGAACUGGUGCAGGAACGAUAUCGGAAAAUCAAGGAGCAUGCUGAAACAUAUCCUUAUGUGUGGGCGUCUUACACGCUUGUUUAUGGCGGUUUGGCACUUUGGACUAUUUACAGAUACAGAAAACUUCGAAAGACUGAGGAUCGAGUUCGAGCCUUGCAAGGAAGACUCCGCAAGCUUGUUGAAAAUGAAGAAUCAGCUAACUCUGGUACAUCUGUUAGAAAGGCUUCAACUUCUGAUGAUAAAGUCCCCAAGUAGAUAUACCUUAAAAGUUCUGUUUCCCUUUCAUGUAGGACAAAAAUUUUACAUUCAGUUUGUAAAUGCAUUAUCAAGGUUUUUGUUGAACUAGCUAGUAAUUGAUGAAGAUAUUAUACGGAAUUUGGGGGGAAUUUGGAUAUCAAUUCAAAUCUGUACACAAUUUUUUUUGGAAGGUGGAUUUAAUAUAAUUUUUUCUUUUAAUAACGUUAAGGUUAAAUGUUUAUUAAUAAGAUGCAUUUCCACUAGAAGUUUGAUGUGUCAUAAA